AUGACUAGUUUAAUUUAUCGUCAACUUUCUGUGUAUAGAAAUAAAUUAUCAGAGCAAUGUAAAUUUGUCGUAUUAAAUAGACUUAUGUCGAUGCACAAAGGUGCAUAUGAAGGAGAAGGCAAAACAACAGUUACAAUUUUGAAUAAAGAUCCUGAGUAUGGUUUAAUGAUUGAUGGUGUUAGUUGUGUCGGAUUCAAAUUAAAUAUUGGUAUUACUGUGUUAGGAGCGAUGAUACUAUUUCCAAGAACCGCGAUUGGAUGGGGUAUUGGGUCCGCAAGUGAUAUUCAUAAAGAUUCAUUAACAAUAUUUAAAACAAUAAUACCAAGACCAGAUAUCAUAAUACUUGGUUUAGAUGAUAACUACCCCCGUGAUGCUCCAUUCAUUAAGGACUUUUGUAAAAUUAUCAAAGACUUAAAUAUCAACAUGGAAGUUUUACCAAUUAUAAAGGCUUGUACGACAUUUAAUUUUCUAAACGCUGAAAAAAGGUAUGUUGUGGGUGCAUUCUUGCCACCAAGAGUUCUUGAGAGGCACGAUACUCAGUUAAUUGACGACGUUGCUAUCCGAAGGGCAUUCAGAAUACCUGAAAAAGGGAUCGAUUAA